AUGCGAGUGCCAGCUGGGCUGGGGACAGGAGCCCCCCUGCUCCCCUGGCUGCUGCUGCUGCUGUUCUCCCACCUAGCCUGUCCAGCCAUCCUGGAGGUGAAUGGAAACCUGAACUGUAGGUGCCUAAAGACAACUUCAAACUACCUGAGUCCAAAGCGGUACGAGAGCAUUGAGAUCAGACCUGUGGGCAGCACCUGCAGGCGCACAGAGAUCAUAAUUAAAUUGCACCCCUCGGGGAAGGUGUGUGUGAAUCCUGAUGCCCCUUGGGUAAAGAAGCUGCUGAAGCGUAUUGCUAUCACGGGGAUGCUGCUGGGGACAGCGAUGGGGCUGGCAUGGCUGUGCGGGCGGUCCUGCUGCUGGGGGUGCUGCUGGUCACCCACCGCCCCGGGGAUGCAGCUCUCCUGGAAGCCAACGGUAACCUGAGCUGCCGCUGUGCCAAGAUCACCAGGGCCUUCAUCUCCCCCCGGACUU